AUGAUGUUCCCCGGCCUCCUCGCGCCCCCAGCCGGGUACCCCAACCUCUUGCGCCCCACGCCCACCUUAACAUUGCCCCAGUCCCUGCAGUCGGCAUUUUCCGGCCACUCGAGCUUCCUGGUGGAGGAUCUGAUCCGCAUCAGCCGACCCCCAGCCUACCUGCCCCGCAGCGUGCCCACCGCCAGCAUGUCGCCCCCUAGGCAGGGGGCCCCUGCGGCUCUCACAGACACAGGGGCCUCGGACCUGGGCUCCCCGGGUCCAGGCAGCCGGCGGGGCGGCUCACCACAGACGGCCGUCUCCCCUGCCAGCGAGCCCACGUUUCUGAAGUUUGGAGUGAACGCCAUCCUUUCUUCGGCGCCCAGAACUGAAACAUCCCCCGCCUUGCUCCAGAGUGUCCCUCCCAAGACCUUCGCCUUUCCCUACUUUGAAGGCUCCUUCCAGCCUUUCAUCAGAUCUUCUUAUUUCCCAGCGUCCUCCAGCGUCGUGCCCAUCCCGGGGACCUUCUCCUGGCCACUGGGCGCUCGCGGCAAGCCUCGUAGGGGCAUGCUGCGUCGAGCCGUGUUCUCCGACGUGCAGCGCAAGGCGCUGGAGAAGAUGUUCCAGAAGCAGAAGUACAUCAGCAAGCCCGACCGCAAGAAGCUGGCGUCCAAGCUGGGCUUGAAAGAUUCACAGGUGAAAAUCUGGUUCCAGAACCGACGCAUGAAGUGGCGGAACUCCAAGGAGCGCGAGCUCCUGUCUAGCGGGGGCUGCCGCGAGCAGACCCUUCCCACCAAACUCAAUCCGCACCCGGACCUCAGCGACGUGGGCCAGAAGGGUCCCGGGGACGACGACGACGAGGAGGACGAGGGCCCGGGCAGCCUCCGCCACCGCCUGGUCUAUCAUCACCCGUCCCCCGACCCUCGGCACCUGCGGGACCCGCGCCUGGAAGGGCCGCUGCCCCACUCGCCCGCGCACUCUGGCAGCCCCGACAAACCUUCGGACUUCUCCGACUCCGAGGAGGAUGAGGAGGCUGAGGAGGAGGAGAUCACCGUGUCUUAG